AUGUCACUCAAGGAAAUCUCGCGCAACAAGGCUUUUGGUGGACAAGUCAUCAAGUAUGAGCAUCAUUCUAAUGAACUUGAUUGCGACAUCAAGUUCAAUGUCUACCUUCCCAAAGAGGCCGAUAGUGCACCCGUCCCAGCUAUUUAUUUCCUAUCUGGUCUGACAUGCAAUGAAGACAAUUUUAUCCAAAAGAGUGGCGCAUUAGUAGAGGCAGCUAAGCAUGGCAUUGCUCUUAUUGCCCCCGAUACUUCUCCUCGUGGUGUAUCUAUCCAAGGUGAUAGUGAUUCGUGGGACUUUGGCACUGGUGCUGGGUUCUAUGUUGAUGCCACUGAGCCUUCCUGGGCAAAGCAUUAUCGAAUGUAUUCGUAUGUAGUACAUGAGCUCCCUGCUCUUAUCAAUAAGAGUCUUCCAAUUGAUGGCUCCAAAGUAUCGAUCAUGGGACAUUCAAUGGGUGGACAUGGUGCAUUGACUAUCUUCUUGAAGAACUCUGCUAACUACCAGUCUGUCUCGGCAUUUUCCCCAAUUGCAAACCCCAUAAACUGUCAGUGGGGUCAAAAGGCAUUCACUGGUUACCUAGGAAAAAACCAGGAAACCUGGAAGGAGUAUGACACCGUUGAAUUAUUAAAGAAGUUUAACGGAAAGGUGAACGCAUUAGUAGAUGUGGGAACGAGUGAUAACUUCCUGGAGAAUCAGCUUAAUAUCGAUACUUUGAAGGAUACUGUUGGAUCCCUUGGAAAGAGUAGUGAAUGGACUAUCAGAUAUCAGCCAGGUUAUGACCACAGCUACUUCUUCAUCUCAACCUUUAUUGCAGAUCAUAUUAUUCAUCAUGCAAAAGCGCUCAAGCAAUAGAUCUCCCUUCCCUCUUUUUUUUAUAAAGAAAAAACUUUAUUUGAGAUAUAUAAUCAUAUUGCUUAAUAAAUGUGUUGUUUUAUGACUG